AUGACCAAAACCCCCGAUCCUGCACCACUGUAUAGUUGCAUCGACAAACGCGACGUGGAGCAGCACCUUGAUUGGAUUCACGAUACUCACAGGCGGAGUUUGUCUCGCGGUCAGACGAGUGAAGUCGAAAUGACAUUCGGAAUCGGGGAUUUUCAUGCCUACACUGGCGAGUUUGACGAAGAGCUGUUGGCCGAGAUUCAAGCCAAAGACGAGCUCGCCAGCGCCGACGUGGAUCAUCAGACCUACAUGUACGACUCGAGUGCGGGAACAGGCACAUUUGCCUACGUUCUCGACUCCGGGAUUCGCAUCUCCCAUGCUGACUUCCAGGGACGCGCGAUCAAGGGCACCAACGUUAUCCCCGAAGUUGCUCACGACGACGAUUUUGGGCACGGCACGCACGUGGCUGGCACCAUUGGAUCCGUAAGGUUCGGUGUCGCAAAGAAUGCGACCCUCGUCGACGUGAAGACGACCAGGGUUGCUUAUGGGACGACGGCCAAGAUUAUCGAGGCUCUGGAGUGGUCUGUACAGAAUAUCACCAACACUCCUGGGAGGGCUGGCAAGUCUGUCGUCAGUAUGAGUCUAGCAUUGAAUGAUGCCGUCGACGCAGCUACAGCCUUGGGUGUCUUCGUCGUCGUCGGUGCUGGGAACGAUGGAAAGGAUGCUUCCACGAGAUCACCAGCUAGCGCGCCGACUGCCUUCACCGUUGGUGCGAUUGACAUCAACAGCACUAGAGCUAGGUGGUCCAACUUUGGGCCUUCUGUGGAUGUCUUUGCUGCUGGGGUGGAUACCGGAGUUGCCUCCGAUCAAGGUGAGGGCACAGACCUCGAGUCGUCACCGAAGCUCACCACGCCUGACGUCUUGUUCCGAUCCCUCCUCUCUUCUCUUUUCUCAAUCUUUCCUCUUCCCCAAAUUCCUGAACGCCAAUUCAUCCUUGUUCUACCCCUCCUCGACCCCUCCAAACCCCUCCAUUCACUCCUCCGCCAGCCGUCAGCCGCAACGGCACAAUCGCCCAUCAUGGGAGACCAGGAACCGACCCCCGAGAACCACACGAUGAUGCAGGGCUUCGAGUGGUAUGUGCCUGCGGAUCAGAAGCACUGGGUCCGCCUCGAGAAGCAUGUUCCCCAGCUCAAGCGAUUCGGUGUGGAUAACAUCUGGAUCCCGCCAGCGUGCAAGGGAUCAUCAAAGACUGGAAACGGAUACGACAUCUAUGAUCUCUACGACUUGGGCGAGUUUGACCAGAAGGGAUCCGUAGCGACAAAAUGGGGCACCAAGGAGGAACUUCUGAAGCUGGCGCACACCGCCAAGGACAACGGCGUCGGCAUUUACUGGGACGCCGUCCUCAACCACAAGUUCGCGGCCGACCGCAAGGAGAAGUGUCUCGCUGCCGAGGUCGACUCCGACGACCGCACAAAGUUUGUCAGCGACAAGUACGAGAUCGACGCCUGGGUCGGCUACGACUUCCCUGGUCGCAAGGGCAAGUACAGCGAACAGAAGUACCAUUGGUAUCACUUCAGUGGUGUCGACUACAAUGCCAGGAACGAGAAGACGGCAAUCUACAAGAUCCUGGGUGACAAGGGCGACCAGCAAUGGGCGGAGAGUGUCGACGACGAGAAGGGAAACUACGACUUCCUGAUGGGUUCUGAUCUCGACUACGACCACCCCGAGGUAGUCAAGGAUGUCCUCAACUGGGGCAAGUGGCUGGCCCAGGAGGUGCCGCUCCAGGGCAUCCGUUUCGACGCCAUCAAGCACUAUAGUGAGGACUUUUUGCGUCAAUUCAUCACCGAGCUGGAUAAGGAGUACGGCAAGGGCUGGUUCUUUGUCGGCGAGUUCUGGAAGGACAGUCUCGACGACAUGUCCGAGUACCUGCAGCGCAUGGGCAGGCAGUUCACCCUCUUCGAUGCGCCUCUGGUGUACAACUUUAGCGAGAUCAGCAAGGGCAACGGCGCCGACAUGAGAAAGGUCUUUGACGGCACUCUGGUGCAGAAGGAGCCCAUCAAUGCAGUGACCUUGGUCAUGAACCACGACACGCAACCCUACCAGGCCUUGGAGGCCCCGAUAGAGGGCUGGUUCAAGCCCAUCGCGUACGCCCUCAUUCUCCUUCGCACCGACGGAUACCCCUGCGUCUGGUACGGCGACAUUUACGGCAUCAAGGGCGAGCACCCCUUCCCGCCCUCGUGCGGCGGGGCCGUGCCCAAGAUGACGCUGGCUAGAAAGCUCUACGCCUAUGGCAAGCAGGCGGACUACUUUGACUACGCGACGUGCCUGGGCUGGGUCAAGUACGGUACCUGGGACCGCCCCUACGGCUGCGCCGUGGUGGCCAGCAACGCCGGACCGGGAUCCAAGCGUAUGCAUGUUGGUGAGAUGCACGCCGGCGAGGUCUGGACCGAUGUUUUGGGCUGGAACGACAGGGAGGUUACCAUUGGCGACGACGGCUUUGGCGAGUUCGUGUGCUCUGGUACCUCGGUGAGCAUCUUUGUCAACAAGAAUGCCGACGGCAGGGACAAGUUCAACGAAGAAUUCGACUCCAACAUUUACGAAGAAUAG